CAGGAGCGUUGUGGUGCAAAAUGUGAGGUCUAGUGGGAGUGGGAUCAGGCACCUCUGUGGAGAGGAAUAGGGGAGUGGACUGCACUGCAGCUCCGAUGUGCAUGGAAAUUUAACUGUGUACAAAGCAAGGACUGUAUUCAAAUAAACCGAACAGAAAGGUUAAGCUGGCGCUGUUUCAAAGCAGACAAGGCUGUCCAUGUAAAGGGAGAACAGUAAUGUGCAUUGUACUUGAAAUGCACAAUAUUAUGUCAAGGGCGUGGAUUUCAAGACAAGUAGCCUGUUACAAAGUUCUAAUAGUGCUUUCUGUUCGAGAGAAUAUCAUGUCAUUUUGCAUACAAUGUACAUGUCAUUUUGCAUAGAACUUUUUUUUCAGUCAACUUUAAAUUUGGAACUGUAGUUAAAAUGGUUUUCAAUUGUUUUCCUUGAUUCAACACUGUGUCUUUUCUUUCUGAUAUCUUAGAAUGGAACCCAAGACUUCUGAUAUUGAUUCAUACAGUAUACCCUGAAUUAAUAAUUAUGUAUUUUUGCUCUGCAGAGUCAGAUUCUCACUAAGAUUAACAUUUAAAAUGUAUUAAUCUCUUUACAGAGAGCUUUUUUUUUAGUUUCCUUUUACUCUGUUGGUGGGGAAGGGGGACAAUUGAGACUUGAGAGAACAGCAGGGCCAAUAUUCCCAUUCAUUCAAUAGUGAUUUUUUCACACUCUGUUCAUGGUUUUGUGUCAGCUGAGUGUGAGCAAGCGGGGGGCAAUGUAUCAUUUUACUCUCCAGGUGGACUGUCCUCCCUGCCCUUGCGUCUUUUUCACUUUUCUCCAAUUAUGACUGUCUUGGUUUUGAGGGAUGGGGUUUUUUGGGGAACGGGGAAGUUUUGGGAAGGCAGGUUGCCCUUCAUUGAUGUGUCGCACAUUCACGCUUUUGCUGGUGUCCUGUUCUCCUGUGAUCCUGGAGUAACCCCUUUCCUCAUUGUCCCUGGGGGGGCUGGGGAGCACAAGAUACAGCUACAAGUCUCAGCAAGAUGUUUUUGAAAAGUAGGGUAGCACGGCCUGCAGCAAUCCUGACACCUGACAGUUCAGAACCAGUAAACAUGAGAGAGACACGGCUCUCACUAGAGCAGGAGAGAGCAAGGAGGAAUAUGUCUCUAAAGAAAAUCCUCAUUCAUGACGAACUUGAGCUUUGUGCUUAAGUCCUUCAUUGACCGAAGUUCUCAGCUCUUUUCUGAUUCUCUAAUCCAGCUUGUGCAAAUAUGUCAGCCCUUCCAUCCUCACAUCCGCCGACAACACACAACACCAAAUAAUCUCUGUUUCAAUCCCACAGGUUCAUGGAGAAAUAAGGUUAUGCUAAAAAAAGGAGCACACACCAAAUGGAAGUUUAAUUUUUCAACACAAACAUUUAGCACCGCACCUAAACAUAUUUAAUUUAUUUUUAAGUUGUAUUCAAAGCAGAGUCUUUCAUUGCAAAUUAUUUGUUAUCCAGUGCACAGGUUAUCCAAGAACACAGUGUGCAGCAUUCAUCCAAGCAAUUAAUGUGAGCAGCAGGAGGCCAGAGCUGUGUAAUGUUUCCAAGCCUUCUGAGUUACCGUCCUCUCCCUGAGAAGCAAGCCAGUGAAUUAUUGAUCAGAAAGCUCAGUGUUAAUGUGUAUGCUGUCUCGCAGAUAUUAAGUUCUGGAGUGCAUACAAUUCAGACAUCACAACUUGCAAUGAAUGUCUCUAGAAGAAGAGUUUGGGUUUUUUUCUCCUUUUGAGAACACUAUUGUAACACAAGCACAGCCCGGCGCUUUCCAUCUUGGCUCAAACACACCCUGUGGUGUAGAAUGUCCACUGCACUCCUUGCUCCACGUCACUUUCCUUUCCAUUGCUGGUGCCCCUAGUCCGUCUCACUUGUGUUUACUGUAACUUGAAGCCCACAGAUAGCUCGCUCACCUUGUGAGGAACUGGCCCUUCAGUCUAACCUGUUGUCUCCUGGAUUUUAGGACCUUCUUUCUGUCCAUAACAAGCCUUUUUGCUUCUGUACAGUAUGUGCACCCCCUUCCUUGUUUUGAAAUGGAUUUCUGUCUUUCUUGCCUCCCUGUUAUGUGUCAGAAAGACUAGCGUGCUCUGAAAUGGCUAAAUAAAAACACUUGUGGAAUGGAUGGAAAGUCACACUCGAGGAAUGUUAACAGGAAUAGAAGCAGUUCUUUUUUUCCUCUCAUUGCCGAUACAACAGUAACUAUUAAAGUAAUAUAUCACAUUUUAAUAAACCUCUCCACAGUCUGUCCCCACUGGACCAUUUUAGUUAACGAUAGUUUGAUAGCUUUAAUUACAAGCUCUGUCUCACUGCUUACUUGUCAGCUUCUAAUGGCAGACACAUUUACAGAGUGCUGAAUGGUGUUGGUAUUUGCAUUUACCCAUCGGUAACUGCAACUCACAUCUAGAGGAGGUGGACAGCACAGUUCUAAUGGUGUUGUGCUGCAGUGAAGCUCUCCGAGAGUCCCUGUGGUGCAGACUGCUGCAGUCGCUAGCUAGUUUGUAGGUCACAUGAUUCAGUUGGUGAAGCUCUUUCUCACUUCUCCACCUGAUCUCCUGUACAGUGGGAUUGCAGGCACAUAAGGGCAGUUACCCCGGUGGUAUCUACACUUCGCUUAUGGAUGUAUGAAGAUUCAGUGUUUCAAUAUGAGUGUCCUCCUGUUAUGCAAAGAGCUUUGGCAUCUUUUCGAAUGAAAAGCGCUAUAUAGGUGCAAGUAUUUUUCUGAAAUCACUUUCCUUUAGCAUAUCAUGGAAGUCAUGGUGUAUAAUAGUUGUGUUUUUGUUUGCAGACACCCCACACUAUUAAUCAGUGUACAGAGUUCACAGAUGAAUCAGAGGUACAACACGCUGCAAUUUCCGUUCUGUGCUAAAGCAUGGCAAUUUCAGAUCAACAGACUUGUCACUGAUAUAAAAUCUUGACGUUCUUUGUUGGGAAACCACCAAAAGACUCAAUUUAUAUGUCCUUGAGUUCAUAACAGUUGACAAGACAUGGUGGGUCAAACAUCAGCUUCAAUGCUUUUAAUCUCACACAGUUGUGAGGUGACGUUAGGUGUUUUGGUGGAGCUAUUUGUAGAGAGCAGUCAACAGACCACACCCAGACUCGUCUCUCUCCGCCGCUGUGACGCAACGCUGCGUUCCCACACCUCGCGCUGGUGCGGGAAUCUACCGACCACAGUUGGUCACAUAAGUUUGCUUCUGAUCUUUUGAUCAUUUUGCAGAGCAAAAAAUUCACCGCUUUUCCUGAAGCACUUCCAUGUUCCAAUUUUUCAAUAUAUUUUCAGUUUGAUGUUUAUGAAUCAAUUUCCUCCUGGCAGAGCAAGUCAAAUUACACCUAAAAACAUGCUAUUCUGUUUAUGUGAAAUGUGACAUUCCCAGGGGCUGCAUGACUGCCAGUGAAGAACAAUUUUCUUUUUAACAACCGAAUUUGUGAACUGAAAAAUUAAGCCUGUAUUGUCACUGAGCCGAUUCAUAAAUAGAUUAUUCUUGAUGGCUGGUGAGAGACUGCAGAAAAGGCAUUUAGAAGCUUGAAACUGUAGUUACGAUAUUGUUCCAGGCAGUAUGUUUGUCUGUUCAAGCAUGUAUCACAUGCUCAUUCUCAGCACUUCAACUUACCAUCCUGGGAAGCAGGUGGCUCGGUGCUUGAGAUAAAGGAAUAGCUACCAAGAGGUUCCUGGUUCAAGUUCUUGGUUUUGUCUGUAGACCUUCAGAAACAGCAGUGAAAGAGAGAUCCUUUUGUCAGACUGCACAGAAGAAGCUGAAGUUAAUCUCCUAGUAUUUUUGGAUAAUAGCUUGUUCUAAAGGCACGCUAAAGACAUGAAAACUAAAUGUUAACUGUGUUUCUCUAGGAUGACUGGAAUAAAUAUAGGAUGCCAUUGCUUUUUAACAAAAAAUGGAUAUACUAUGCCUUUAAUGUGCUCAAUAAUAGAAAAGUGGCUCAGAUUUCCUUCAUACUGAUAUUAGACACCCACUUGGUUGAAAUGGAACAAACUAUUCUGGGGAUCAUUGAAAUAUUUUAUGAAAACAAAAUUUAGAAGCUGUAUUCAUUUACACCGGACAGUGUUUGUUACGCCAAACAAACGUAUACUUGCCUGGAGGUAACGUCAUUUAAGCUACAUCGUAUUCAUGGUGCAGGACUGUUGCCUGUGAGGUCAGUUUACAGUUCUGUAAGAACUUUGACAAAGAUAUGUGUGUGAGAUAGAGAGAUGUGUACUUGUGUGAGAGACGAGUACACAACCAUUUUGCCUUAAGGGAAUUUCUGGGUUUAAGUACACUCCCUAACAAGACACGGGUGAGAAAGAGGCCAUCUCCCUUGCCUGGGGUCUCGGGGUGGAGGUGCUGUGAGGCUGGACAGCAGUGAGCGCGGGGGGAAGGAGAAGAGGGCCGCUACAGCAGAGGCUUUGGGAACUGCAGUUAGUCUUACUUCAGGGCGAGGCCACAGCCCUUGCUCAGCCACACUGUCACUCCUAGGCAUCCAGGAGCCUAAAUAUAGAGCUCUCCUCUCCCUGUGUAUCCUGGAGACAGACCUCCAUCCCGCCUUCCCGCACUGCAGCAGCACCUCCUCCUUGAAGCUCCUGGCCUCUCCCGACCUCUCGCUCACAGCCGAAGAGCAGCUCCCAGUUCCAGCUUGUCAGAAAGUUUUAGGAAUUGUACCAAACACAACCGCACUUCAGUCCCAUCGGUAAACACAGUGCAGGCCUCGCCUCUCCAACGUUGAACAAGAGAGCACGGAAAAUUUAUAUACAGUAGAUCUGCAUAUAUAUAUAUAUUAUAUUACAAUUAAUUACUUUGUAUUAAAGUUCCCCUGUUAAUUCUGAGCCAGUAAGUCCCCUCCCCUUGAUCUCUCUGUGAUUUAGAUGGCUUGACCCUUGUGAUUUUUUAUAAUAAAGCAAAUUGUUUGAUAGAAAUACCAACAGUGAAGAGUUCUUCCCCCAGCAGCUGGCUGUGGAUUUUAAUUGAAUAGAAAUAGGAGAUGUUAGUAUUUAGGACCAGGCAGUACAAGUGACAUAAUAACAGAAGUGUGUGAAUGUCUAGGUUGUGCAUGAGAAGCCUGAUCGUGAUAUUCUGCCCUCCUCAUAGGCUAGCAAUGAUGGCUUUUUUCAUGUAGGCUGUAAUUAAGCUACUGACAGCCAAAAUAGAAAAUCCCAUCAGAGAAUUCCUUAGCUUUGUUGUCUCAAAUACUUUCUUCUCUCCUCAUCUGUGAGACUGGUAUCCCUGUGAAUGAAUGCUGCAAAAGUGAAAGGGACAGUCGACGAUGGGGCUUACAUGCAAGAAAACCAACAUAAAAACCUAAGAGGAAAAAUAAAAAUAAUAUUUUAAGAAGUGAUUUUCCACACAAGUAGGAGGCAUUUAAAACAACACACACAUCUUUAAAGCGCAAGAACAGCAGUGCCCAAAGGACACAGGGAAUGUCGGGGGAAAAAACAGGAUCUUUUCAUCACAAGCCUUGGGACACAAUAACAGUAGCUCAAGUCGAUUCUAAUUCAAACAAAUAAUAAAGCAGGGAGCUGUCAAGCCUUUAGCCAUUUAUAAAUGCCUCUGGAGUUUCUGUUUUCAGCUCCUGCUCCCCUGAGGGAAAAAGCUACACUCCAAAACAUUGUUAAAAGUAAACUGUCAACACGCUACAGGGAAAGAGUGUAGCUGCCUUCGCUGCGCGGCAGUGCUCUGGCAGAACUUGUUUUCUGUCAUUAAUCUGCAAAACUGAAUCCCUCCCAUCCUCGCAUGUCUUCACUGCGGUAUGUCACGGUAAAAGCAGAGUGCAGGUUUAGUCCACGGCACUGCGAUAGGGGCAAAGGGGUGAGGUAAGACGAAGCAUGAGGCAGCUCGUGGGAAACACGUGAUGUCAGCGUGAGAGAACUGUGGGAACGGCAGCAAAAAUGCCAUGCAAAUGUACCCCGGUGAACUUUCACAGCCGGCAGAGCACCUGCCAAUUUCCAGUGGCUCGGAAUAAAGUCAUCAACUUUUGACUAAAAUAAACUAAGAGAAGUGAGGAAAACGAGGUUGUAUUUCAGAUGUAUAAGACUCUGGUUUGUAUUAUCUAAAGAAAAUGGGGUUACCCCGCAGAGAUUAAGAUUCAUAUCGCAGCAGCUUCUUUCACUAAUAAGAACUGUUGUACUCACAAAGCAGAAUCUGGAAAAUCUAGAUUAUGCCUGUGUCUGGUAAAGAAGAGCAGAUAAGAAAAUUAGUUGAAAACUGCAUUUAGAAAUACUUCAUAUUAUUUAAAGCAGUUCUUAAAGCAGGACUGAGACAUCAAUUUACCAGUUGUGGGUGCUUUUAGGAGGCGAGAUUAUACAAGGCCCAGAGGGGAAUUUAGCCAGGGUACCGGGGUUACUACUUUGACAGAUGAUACCUUGGUAUUUUUAAUGACCAGCUAGUCAGGACCUCAGAUUGACUACUCAAAGGAUAGCAUCACAUCUCCGACAGCAAUGUCUGGAAAAAUUGCCAUCUACUGCUCCACCAGCAUCAUACACAUCACUUAUACAGUAGUAUCAACCUAUCUUUUCUUGGUGGUCUCCCAUCCCAGUUCUGACCAGAACCUGCCUUUCUGAGCUUCUGAGAUCUGAUGAGAUAAGAACUUCAGAGGUGGUAAUACUGCUUCUAAUUAAAAGAGCAUGAAGAACUCUGAUCUUAACUAAUGAUAAUUUACUUAUUAUCAAUAACCAUGCUAUUAUAUAUAGUACAUAUACAGAACCUACUCUAUUCAUGGAUAUAUGAGAGUUAAUAGCUUUUCAUAUAUUUUUAAGAACUGUCAUUUUCUGGCUAUCUUACCUAGUGUUAUUUUUAGUCUGACAUGCCACAGGCUUCCUUUUUUGUUAACUGUAAAACGCUCAAUUAGUCCCAUUUAUCUAUAUGUAAUAGAGGUUUCACAACUGUACGUUGUCUGCAUGUGAAAAAGUGGGUAGCAGAGUAACUUUUUUCACUUGUAUCGAGAAGAAUUAGUUUGCACUGUUCAUCAGCAGCUAACAGUUUUGAAGAAACAGCUAGUCUAUGAUGUACUAUAGUGUUCUCUCCUCAUCUUAUUGGAUGCAAAUAGCUCCCCAGCCCUUGCAAUUUCAAUAUUACUCAUGUUUUAUUUUUUUCUACUUGUAGAAGUAGUGCUUUUUUGGGGGGGUUUUGUAAACAACAUUCAUAACUGACAAUAUAUGACAAAACCCAGUGAGGCAUGGCAAAACUUUUCAUAUCUGCUUUCUUUUUUCAGAUUACAAUCAAAUAUUUGUGUUUCAUUUAGCUACAAAUACAUUUGAUAUACAGUACUCAAACUUUUUUUUACAUUUGUACAAACUAAGUAUUAAGGAGCCUAUUGAGUUUUAGAAUUUCCUUUCUGUAAAGUAAAGAAGUCUGGCAAAGAAGGAUUGAUCUGUUCUUUAAGCUCAAGGCGUGCUGUUACUAGAUGGCACUUAAACUUGCUUCAGCUGUCUCAAACUAUUUUUAAGAUUCUGGACAUUUUUGAACAAUUAAGAUUAUUGAUGUUUAAAAUAGUUGAGGUCUUGAGUGCCUUUUAAGUCCGAGUCAUUGGAGAGCUUAUCUGAAUUCUGUGGUUCAGUGGCUCCCUCAUGUGUUGAACUUGGGAACGGUGAAUAUUUUAAAAAUUACCCGGUGGAAAGCAACUUUAUUUUUAAAAGCAGUUCAAAGAACUGUUAUCUUACAAACCUCACUUUUUAACUGCAUUUUAAAACUUAACUCCUUCAGGAAUGUAAAACUGUCUGCAGUUUGGUGUCCAAAAUUGUGAUCACCACAUAUAUCGACAACUUUAGAAAUGCCAAUAACAAUCAUAUUUAAAACCUCUUAUUGUUCCUGGCCCCCAGAGCCAAUUUCCAACUGGAAUUUUCUCCCCUUGAACAUUUAGACAACCAGGAAGAGGCCUGGUUCAGGUCUUAAACUGAAGCUAAAACAUGAUGCUUGUUUAAAUGUACUGUGAUACACCAGCAAAGUGACAUGUGCAUUGUGAUGCAUCUCAAAAACCCAAUAAGAGUGUCACAUCAUUGUGAAACAGAAAUUCCCACAAUAAUCCCUCCUUCAUUUGAUUUGAGUACUUGUGGUAGUGCUGCAGAACUUUUGAAGGGGAACUUGUCUCUUGAAAUGGAUCUGCUGUUUCAGUUGUUCCGUAAUUGGAAGAAGCUGUGUUUACCAACAAUCCGUCCAGUGAUUUCCAUGCCAAAGCAUCUGAGUGUCAGAUCUCUCCUAUCAUGUGACCUGUGACACUUUGACCUUCAUUCAGCCUUUCUUCUUUUCUGUUCACACCUGUUUCUGAGGACCCCCGAGUGCAGCUGUCCUUCAUUGUGCCUGUUUGAGUUCCCAGAUGCGCUCCUUUACUGUAGGCAUGCUGUGAGGAGGAAGAGGAGGGCCGCUGCAGUAACAGGAGCUCCUCCUUCUGCUUGCAGGUGGAGCACGCAGGCAUCCGGACCUACUACUUUAGUGCCGACAGCCGGGAGGACCAGGAGGCCUGGGUGCGAGCAAUGAACGAAGCAGCUUGCGUCCACAUCACACCCACAGAGAGGAACAACUCGGAGAACAUCCCUCCGGCAGGUGAGAAUAACGCCAUGGUGACGAAAGGGGUGGAGCCAUACCAGCGCGGGGAGGGGGAUGGCCGGGGAGCGGAGUCCCGGGACCCCAGCAAGAGAGAGGUCAAUGGGGUCGUCGCCGCGGAAACAGUGACUCCCACCACGCCCCUGACCCCAGACCUGGACGGCAGAGGCAGGGGAGAGAAGAGGGCCGCCCAGCCCAACGGGUGGGGGAAUUACCGCAAGCCGGAUUCUUCAGCCUUCCACCCCCAGGAGCCCAGGGAGCCGCCGGAAAACAACGUGGUGCGCCGAGGGUUUGUGCCACGGACGCAGCCCGAGAGGCUGGCGCAGAGGAAGAGCUCCAUGAGCCAGCUCCAGCAGUGGGUCAACCUGCGCCGCGGCCUGUCGGCUCAAGAGGAGCUACGCAGCCCUGGCCGAUACUACCAGACCAGCCGGGGGAUGCCUGCAGACUAUUAUGGGAUGUAUGGGCCUCAGUACAUAGAGGAGUACGGGCUGUACCCCCCAGGGGUGCGUCCGGACAGCAUCUGCUCCGUCACGGCGGGCUUUGAGCGGGUCCCGCCUCGCUGGGCCACGGAGGAGAAGAGGCGGUCCCUGCGGGACGGGCCGCUCCACGCCAGGGAGCGCCCCCGGGAGGCGGCGGGCAGUGGCGGCUUCCAGUGGGUCCCUGCGGCAGCCGCCCCCCCCACCCAGCAGCCCCUGUACUACGCCCAGGUGGAGUCGGCCCAGAACUCCAUGCGCCGCCUGUCCAUGCAGCCCCGGUCCCGCUCCGUCCCCCGUUCCCCCCCCUCCUCGCAGGGCCCCUACCCCGCCGGGAGCAGAGCCUUCUCCCCCGUGCGCUCCCCCAGCACGCGCUUCGACAGGGGGGCGCCCGGGCGGCACCGAGAAGACAUGAUCUACGCCGACCCCUCUGCCUACGGUCUCCGGAGAUCGAUCAGCUCCCCCAAGUACGAGUAUCCCAGAGACAGGAGGUCCCUGACCCAAGGAAUGUACCAUUACAACUACCCUGGCUCCCCUACUUUGCAUGACAAAAUGGAUGACAUUUUAGACCUACAGUUGCAGAGAAAUCUGGAAUACCUGGACCAGCAGGUCACAGAGAGCGAUCACCUGAUCAGUAUGGUGCACAGAAUGGUGGAGAACUCCUCACCCAGAGCAAAGCUCUACUCACAACAAGCAUCUCCAUUCCAUGACAUCUACAGGGACCUACACCCUUCUUACAAGACCAGCGAAGUGGAAGUUGAUAAGCUCCUGGGCCGACUCUGCGAGCAGAACCGGGUCCUGAAAGACCAGGAGGCGGCUGUGCAGCGCCUGCGUAUUGAAAAGGACGGUCUGGAAGGUGUGCUGGUGGCUACACACCAGGAGCUGGACCUCUACAGAAGCCAGCCCUCCAUCGCCGAAAACCUGCGGCUGAAGAAGGAGUCCCUGCAGAACCAGCUGAUCAACAUCCGCGGGGAGCUGUCGCAGGCCACCAGUGUUCUGUCCACCACACGGAUGGAGUUUGAGGCCCUUGAGGAUGAGGUCAACGCCAUCCACAGUGAUCUCUGGGAGCAACUUAACACUGGCGGACAGAAUGAGCACGUGCACAGGUACUUGCAGAAGGAGUUCUGGAGGAUCCAGGAUGUGCUGGAGGGGCUGCACAAGAACAACCCAUCUAGGGGGACAGACACCGCCAAGUACAGAGCGACCAGUGCGGCCUCCGGCUCUUUCAGCACGAACAGCCCAGCCAGUCCGCUCAGCUCAGUCAGCCUCACCAGCCCGCUCAGCCCCUUCUCCCCUGUCUCGGGGUCCCAGGGCUCCCCCACCAAGCAAAUGGGUACUGAGGACAUUGGCCCACCGCGGCCCCCACUCCCCAAAUCCUAUCUCCCCCUGGAGUCUCCCCCCACCAUCCCCCCUUCCAUCCCCCCCCUGCCCUUUGACAGCACCCCUUGGCUCCGUGGCGUCGGUCUGCGGUCCGACAGCAUGGAGGAGGAGGAUGACGGGGAAGAAGGGUCUCGACGCAGACAGCACAAAUUCUCUUACAUGUCCCACAUGCCCACUGGGGAAAAGCCCAACGGCAGCGAACAACAGGAGGCAGAGCAUGAACGACAGAGCAGUCAAAAUAAAGUUGGUGUUGUUCCCCCAAGGACUAAGUCACCUGCAAGGGAUGAGACAAACUCUUCAGAUCCCAUGACCCGCAGUAAAGCCUCAGGGAAGCAGCCCAAUGGGCACAUUUCCAGGGAGCGCCCGAAAAGCGCGGUGUUCCAAGCAGAGGUGAAGUCCAAGAUGAGCGUGGAGGAGCAGAACGAGAGGAUCAGGAGAAACCAGAGCAGCUCCAUGCGGGAAAAGAGACGCAGCCUGCAGCUCUCAAGCGGGCAGCAGAUAGACGGCCUCAAGCCUACCGUCAGCUACAGGGUGGUACGUCGGAGGCUGACUGCUCACGAGGUCGACAUCAAAGACCUGGAAGCAGCGGUACGGGGGGAGGGGGUGGAAUCUCCACGCGAGGAGAUUGCGCGACUGCGCCGCCUACAGGUCGAGCCUGAGCACUACGACCUGGACAUUGGCAAGGAGCUCUUGAUGCCAGACAAGGUUCUGAUCCCGGAGCGAUAUCUGGAUGCAGAACCCGAGGUGAUGCUCAGCCCGGAAGAGAUUCAAGAGAAGCAGAAGAAAGUGGAAAGAAUCAAGACACUCAUCGCAAAGUCAAACCUGCAGAACAUCGUGCCCCUCCUGGACGGGCCGGCGGACGGCCAGGCGGACCCGGAGCAGCAGCGGCAGGAGCAGGAGAAGCGGAUCGAGAUCUCGUGCGCCCUCGCUGCCGAGGCCUCGCGCCGGAGCAGGCUGCUCUCCGCUCAGUGCGUCUCCCCCAGCCCUUCAGCCUCCCCGACUGACCUGGUCCCCCCCCUUUCCGCCGACCACUCUGACUCCUCCCACUUCAUGAAGGUCUGAGGCUGCCCCAGCUCAGGCCCUAGCUGCUGUGAAGUUCCAUGGAGCAACGUUCUGAGCACUUGAUGAAGAAAGAAAAGUUUUUUUUUUCUUUUGCCCAUAGAGUAUAUUUUUUCAUUCCGUUAUUUUAAUGACUGCGAGAGAAUAUGAGUAAGAACACUGGGAGCCCACGACUGUAACGUUCUCUGUUAUGUCACAGAGCAGUACAGGCCUACUAACUCUAGGGCGGGACGUCAUCUUGUCCAUACGAUCAGCCACAGGCAGUCUCCAUUAACUGCUAACCGACGGCCAGAAUCUCCGCUGAUUGGCGUGUGUCAAGCAGAAUGCGGUCAUUUUGGAGAUGAACGUCGAAACCCUGCUGUGGUGAGAAAGCCAGCACAGGUUGGAGAACAUACAGUAACUGAUUGGUGACAGAUUUCGACACCAGUCAUCUAGAACCACCAAGCAUUCAUCAGACACAGAGGAGUGCAGUGCAAGUUCUCUAAGCGUUACUGCUUUUCCCUUUUGUUGGUCUUAAUGGAAUGUAGCUGCGGUCGGUAAAAUUCUAAACCCGGAUUGAGCCAGAUGGUCACAAGGGCUCUGCUUCUGACAGGGCAGUUCAUUCUGCAUGGGGCUGGGAGCCAUGAUACACUGGACGGAGACCAGGCAAGAAGGUUGAUGGUGAGGGGAAGUGAUACUGUGGGGGCUGUGGAUGUUCCAGGGUGUUGUAGACCUGACCAAAACUCAAGAACCAAAGUUAAACAAGAAAAGCAAGAAGACAUCUCCAUGCACCUCUAAAUGACUUGACAUCACUCGGGCUGCAACAGCCGGCUGACGUCUUAGUGGUCUUUUCAAACCCAAUGCCUGAACCUUUGCGAUCGCAGUGCAAUCUGACCGUACCCUGUUGAUCUAGGCGGAGAAGAGACAGGCCGGCAGCUUUGCGUCUUUUAGCGCUGGGACCAGUCCACCAGCAAUUGCUGGUUCCAGUCAUGUGGAGUGAAUGUCAGCAUUGUGGGUUGGAGUUUGUAGCAUUUCCAAGAGCACAGACUUUCUACUUGUAUACCUGCUCAUGGCUCUAUCGGACAUAUGUUCCCAACACACCAGAAUUAAUCACGCUCUGUCCAGCUCCAUCGAGGCUCUGCUUCGAUUAAACUCUAAUCCCCAUUUUUCUUCCUUAAAUAGGGCUUGUUGUACUAGUAUCCCUGCAGUGUGACAUCUCUCAGCACUUUGUUGAUAAACCCUAUAAUUAGGUAUACUUAUAUACUUACCGUUCCUUUUCAUUGUCUUUAUUGUACACAGCGCAUUCGCUGCAUAUAUCUGCAGUUAUGAUACUGAUACUCUUAACAUCAGAAAAACUGUAAAUGAAACAGAAAGAAAAGAAGUGACCUUAGAAUUUUAAGUUUGCUUAGUUGAAAUGCCUGUUUGUCAAGGUCAAGAUGGAUCAACAGCUUGCAGUACAGACACUCAACGCAAAGCAUUUUUACCUAUGACUUCAAUCACAGGCUUUAAAGCUAGCAAAUGAAAUUGUUAACUGUUACAUUUGUAUUUGAUAUUUCAUUGAUACCCAUCUUAAAAUCAUCAGAUGUUGACUUUGGGUUCAACUUUUUUUAUUCAUUUAAUGGUGUGCAGAAAAGGCGUCUUUAUGGGUUUCUGUUGUAUCAUCAAUGUGGUGUGUGCUGUAUUUUUUAAAAAUACAAAAUUCAAAGCCAAAUGUUUACAUGAAAAAUACACCUCCACUGUACAUUUUCUACUUGUACAUUUGCAGAAAACAGGAAAAACAAACUUAAUAAUGUGGUAUGUGCUUUUUGUAUCACUUCGAUAAAACUAUCGCGGCCUGCUCAGAGAGAUUGCAGAUCAUUUGUUUCGUUUCUAGAUGGAACACACUUUUUAUGGUUUGAAUUGUUGGGUUUGUACUGUAAAAGUUCACAGGACAUUUCAAUUAGGCCUGAGCAUGUAAUUUAAUCGUCACAAUGUCUACAUUUCAUAAAGGAGAGGACUGUGCUGAGUAGUGGUUAGGACUCUGAGCCAGAGAAAUUCUUGCACUUCUUCUUUGAGCUAAUUAACUUUAGAGUCGUUCACUUUGGUUUUGCCUUUGCUCAACAUGGCGACAUCCACCAGGACAGUGUCUUAGGACAGCGUUUGAUGGUGAAGAGCAUGAGUUGAAAUGACAGCGUGGAUUGGCUUGUUCUCUCUCAUUUCCGAGCACUAAAUGCUCUGAAUCAUCUACAGUUGGCACCUGGAGCCUUGAUCACCUAGCAGGUGCCUGUCCUGCUGCUGAGGGCUUGCUCAGCUCAGAAGAGUUCAGACGUGUGCCCCCCCAGAAUGGGCACCAGAGUCACCCAAUGUUAACGGCUAUCUUAGACACUGAAAAGGGUGUGAUAUACUCCUUCCGCCAAUGAGUUGCUGGCCCGUUCUGGAUCUGACCUGUCUCCUGUCUCUACUGCGAGCACUCAGGCCAUCAGACCAACCAUUCGCAUUUGAGCUUUAAAACUGUGGGUAAGGGUGCAGCUCUCACGUCGGCUGUGCCCUUGUGUGAGUGGCUUUUACUUGCUAUCCUAUUACACGGAGAAAGUGUUGCCUUCUGUUUCUGUGAAAAUAUAUCCACUAUUUCUAGCUAACAUUGAGCUGUGUUUAUUGAUAAGCAAAAAAACAAUAAAAUAAAUUAAAUGAUAACUUUUGAAGCAGUUUUCAUCGAUCCCAAACAGCAAUCUUCUUAGAUACAGAAAAUGAAAGCAGGUAUGUUUUUAGCUAAAUAAAAUAGCCAGAUAGAGUUUCCUGAAAGGCAGCUUGUAUAUCUAACUAGAAAAAGAAAUACAUGUGGAAUCUCUGCAUAUUGGAAAAAAAAAACUUAAAAUGAGCAGAGUGUGCAGCACUUACUGACAGUGCAGUUGCCAUUGUUGUUUAAAGCGUACAAGACAGUAUACACUGAUUACACUGAGAUGUUGCAUUAAGUUAGAAUGAAUUUGUGUGAUAAUCUAAGUCACAGUCAUUGAGCACCCACCAUAGUGUUUCACUUAAUUCCAGUAUGUUCAUAAAACACGUUAAAUGGUCAACCAAAGGGACAAGCUAAAAUGGGCAUUGUAAGAGCGUUAGGUUAGGUUAUUUGGUUCAAAUGGGAAAAAAAGUGAUUUGGUGCGAAUGAAUAAAAACAACAACUUUGUCUUGGUAGGUCAGAUACCCUCAGGUCAUGAGGAUUGUAAUACAGCAUUUUCAUGGUCUGUUUAAAACAUCAUCAGCCUCUAAUGCCUGUUGACAAAAGGCUCAUUUUGACCAAUCCUGCUCUGUCCAGCUGAUAUAAACAAACCCAGGAGAUCUGACCCUUGUCUGUGUUGUUGUCAAUGACCAGAGAUGGGGAACCUACCACUCAGCAGAGAACACUGUUAAAGUCCGCUUGUCUGCUAGAUCAGAAUUGUGCCCGUUUCGUUGUCUUUUGUGGUUAGAGGAAAUGUGUUAGUUUUCAGUGUUGCUGUUUGGGGGACGUUAAAAAAAACUGCUUGUACUAUGCAAAAAAAUAAAACAGGCUUGCUUUAAGAAUUUAUUGUUCUUGCAAUAAAGCGAAUGUAUCUGAAUAGUUUUGCCUUUUUGUUUAGAUGAUUUUAAGGGAAAACAGCAGUAUUUUUUUUCCAACAGAAUAACAGCUUACUCUUAAUAGUAAUAUAUUAUUAAUGUUAUUUUUGGUAUCAUUGUUAUUUUGUGGAUAUGAUGAGUAACACUGCCAAAAACAUUGCAGAGCCCUGCCACAUUAAAAUGUGCAGACUUUACAGACUGAUGAUUCGUAUGGGGACACAAUACCAAGCACAAAGUGGAGCAGACCCAAACAUAGCAAUAUCUGAUCCCUUGGCCUUGCAUGUCACAUAGGCCCCAAGGCAGAUGAACAUGAAGAGGGCUGAUUUUUAUCCACAGUUGUGAGCCCCUUUUUGGAAAACUGGACGACUAUCUGGAUGUAGGGGGUCAUUUUAGUCUGGCAGAGCUCGACGCUAAUGAUGUCUGUUGCAAAAGAACCAGCCUGGAUCACAGACCAAAUUAGGUUGUCAUAGCACUGCUGUAGCAAUAGAUGUGUUGAUGUGUUGGUUCUGGGGAAAGUUACUUGAAAAAAAGUAUUUUAUACAGUUACACAAUACCUGUGUAAGGGACUACUUUUUAAAAAUAACAAUAAUCUCAGAGAAAUUCCUGUAAAGUCAUCAGUUAGAGUGUUCUGUGGAUGUGUGGAUGUCAUUACCAUGUAGACUCAUUAAUUUUCCCUGAAAAGCAAUGCCUCUCAACUUCUUAUUAAGAAUUACCGCUUAUUAAGUAACUUGUAGCUGUAACUAAUUACUUUUUAAUAAGUAAGUUUCCCAAACCUUUUACGUGUUGCAGUGCAGAGUAGCAGCCUGGAUUGAGCCCCUCAUGGACCGGGCAGUACUGUAAAAGCCAAGGUUUAGAUCUGAAAUGCAAGAUGUGUUUUGUCAAUACAAGUUUGUUUCAAAAUGUAUAAUUUAAAAACUCCAAUAAAAUGUAUUUGAAACAAA